GUAGCGCUGUCUGGAGCUGGUUUGAGCUAUACCGAAUUCCGUUUUCGUCUCUACGCACUUCAAUCUGCUUCCCAACUGCAACCGGCCGCCUUGGGCCGGUCAUCGGGUUAGGAAUAGUUGAUGGAGACGUUCAUCCCAGGUGGCCUGCUCGGUCAAAGCAUUCUAGGACUUGUCAACUGAUAUAGCCACCGCAAUCUACGAGAGUGCUGACGGGGUAAUCUCUCUGCCGGUAUCUGACCUCUUUCGCCUCCACGAGGCGCCACUUCCUUUUGGAUCUCCUUCCUGUAACCUACAUCUCAAGUUCUCAUUGCCAGUGUGCUGGCUCGCGAACGAACAUCAUUCUGUCAUCGCAGCCGAACACAUCUCUGCCCAAUGAGUGAAGCUCCCGUCGCAUCGUUGGCCAUAGCUCAAUUCCGUCCGUAUCAGAACUAUCCCGGCUCUGAAUACAUUUUGCCUACAGACGAGGUCGAAAAACUGAGACUGCGAACCCAGCAUGAUUAUCUGAAACGCCUGUUCGACAACAAAGUCCUGUUUGCCCCAGUCGCCCUUGGGCCAGAUGACAAGGUCCUCGAGAGUGGUACUGGACCUGGUCUAUGGAUUCUCGAACUGGCCGGGACGACCAACCCGGCGACCCAUAUGAUCGGGCUCGAUAUCGAAUCUCGCCUCUGGCCGGCAUCCCAUCCUGAGAACGUCAAGUUUCAGCUUGGCUCCGUGACCAAACUGCCCGAAGAAUGGUCUAAUACUUUCUCGCUCGUGCACCAACGUCUUUUGAUUCUCGGUCUCCAAAUCCCCGAAUGGCCAACAGCAUUGGCAGAGAUGCAUCGGGUGCUCAGACCCGGGGGAUGGGUCCAGAUCGCAGAGGCCACACUGUGGGCGGAGGGGUCGUAUCCUGGGCGGCCGUGCAUGGAAAAAGUCGUCACACUCUAUCGGCGGAUCUGCGAAUUGCGCAGCCUCUACGUGGACUGCGCCUACGAUAUGCCCAAGUUGCUCCACGAAGCGGGCUUUGUCGACAUUCAGAAGGAAACCAGAGAUCAGUGCAUGGGCAGCUGGGGAGGACCUGAUGGGGAGGUCAUGAGGCUGAACCACGUCGGAGUCUUGCGCGGCAUCAAGACACCUGUCUUGCAGGCCGGAGGAUUCGGAAUCGUUUCCUCGGAGGCAGAAUACGACGAGCUUCUUGAUGGCCUGGAUAAAGAAUGGGAAGAGAACCCAGGAAUGACGAAGGAAUUCAUGAUAUUCUGGGCCCGCAAGUCGUCUGCGUCCAGUUAGUGUUCUCGAGUCACAGCCAUGUCCUAGUCUAGUCUAGACUGAGACUGGUGCAGUUUGCGGUGCCUGUGACUAAUCAC